AUGGCACUCAUACCAAUGUCCGAGGAUACUGAUGCUGUGAACAUUUCACAGUAUUUACAAGAUUUGAUUUCGUCAAAUUCUGAACUAGGUUCAAGACUGUUGUCGCUGCUGCUGGUCAGUAGUGGCAAUGGUAAGGAAAUAAUGGAUGCAAUAAAUAAAGGAGAUCUUGGUUCUAUCAGAAACUUGGACUUGGCGGUUGACCUCAAGAUGCCCAAUGGUGGUGAAAAUAGAGAUAUCAAGACUAGUAAUGCAAGACAACAGCUAGCGUUAAUCAGCAAUGGCGGAAAAUCGCAACAACAAGAACAACCGUCGUUCCAAAAAUCACAAGGACAAGCACAAGAGGAAAACGGUACUGAUAGUUCAAGCGACACUCUUAAUAAUCCUAAGGGAGAGAAGAGGAAAAAAAAUACAGAAGCGUCUGCAAGAUUUCGUAUACGUAAAAAGCAGAAAGAACAAGAAAGAUUGAAUAAAUUGAAGGAGCUUAACAUUAAGAUCACCGGACUAUAUAAACGUAUUGACGUACUGCUGGAAGAAAAUCAACAUUGGAAACAAAAACUAGAAGAACUAAACGAAAGGAAAUCCAGGGAAAUGUUGGAUCGUAUCAGAAAACGGAAUGCGAAUUCUCCACUAUGA